AUGAGUGAGAAGCGGCAUCCUUUGGAGUCUUUUGUUGGUCGUAUGAUGAACCACCAGGCUGAACUAAUGACCUGGCGUGGAGAACUCGCAUCACAUCUCGCACCUACGUACGCGGCGACGAGUGAAGACAGGCGAGCAUGGAGCAAUAUGUCCUGGGUACAACGGCAAUACUUUGAUAUUGAACUACAUCUGUGUCAAUGGGCCAAGCCUUACAUUCUACUAGGCUUCAACCAUGUCAUGCUGGUACUACAUCGGCCAUUCUUCGCCGAUACAACCUUUUUGACGCCGUUCUAUUCUUCUUUGAUGGCCAGAAGUGUUUGUCUGGGUGCGGCACGCGAAACAAUUCUGCUCUCAAACAAGGUACUGAUCGAUAGCCCUGGUGUUCAGCAUUGGUCGUGUUAUUACCACCGAGUCCUGGCGGCCACAUUGUUGACAUUAGAGUGUGGUCUCGAAAGCGCUCUGGAGGAAAGACACAGCUUCGUGGAUCUUUGGACCAAGAGUGUGGACAUUUUCAAAAGUAUGCCGCCUGGGUGCUCCCAAAAAGGCAUUGCUUUGGUUGAGGGCGCAUUGGCUCAGAGAGCUCAGCUAAUGUUGCAGGAAGAUAAAGCUUCUUCCAUUUUGACACGAGCUAAGUGGAUCGUCAGGUGUGGUGACCUUUGGUUCGCGCAUCGCAAGGCAAAUCAGAGAGAGGCGGACGCAGAGAAUGUUGCUGCCUUGGGGUCCCCGUCAAUGCACAGUGGGGACGUUGAACAUCUGCAGGCCUAG